AUGGAUCGUGACCUGGAGCUGAAGGAGAAUCUACAUCGACAAAUACGCGAAUACGAAGUGAAGGGCUAUGCACAUAAGGCGACGAAAGCGGAAAUGGAAGCAGCCGACCCAAGGAGAACGUGGUACCUACCAGUAGGAGCAGUCAUGAACCCCAAGAAACCGGGGAAGGUCCGUAUCAUCUGGGAUGCGGCCGCUAAAGUAGAUGGUGUAUCUCUGAAUAGUGCACUACUCAAAGGCCCGGAUCAACUAUCUUCUCUACCAGGGGUCCUAUUCCGCUUCCGUCAGUAUGGGGUGGCAGUAAGUUCGGAUGUUCAGGAGAUGUUCCACCAACUCCGAAUCCGAGAAGAAGACAAGAUUUCUCAACUAUUUUUAUGGCGCACUAAUCCAUCCGACAAUCCAACGGUGUACGUGAUGGAUGUUGCAACAUUCGGGAGCACCUGCUCGCCAGCAUCAGCACAAUUCGUGAAAAACCGCAACGCCGAGGAACAUUCCGAAGCCUACCCCGAAGCGGCAAAAGCGAUCAUUCACGACCACUACGUCGACGAUUAUCUGGCGAGUUUAGCUCCGUGGAGGAAGCAGCAAAGGUGGCAAGCGAUGUGCGCUACGUUCAUGGCAACGGAGGAUUCAAGCUUCAUAACUGGCGGUCGAACAGCAGCACGGUGCUCAACAGACAAGAAAUGGCAGAGGUGGAUACAGAUGAUCGAAUACAUAGCCGAGAUCCGAAUCCCAAGAUGUUACUUCCCUAGUGCUACUCGGAGGACCUACCAGAAUUCUGAAGUCCAUGUGUUCGUCGAUGCAAGCGAGGUGGUGUAUUCUUGUGCGGUCUAUCUACGCACAUUCAACCAAGACGGCGAUCCGCAGGGUUGCCUAAUCGCCGCCAAGUCAAAGGUCGCUCCUCUGAAACCUUGGUCUAUUCCCCGGCUGGAACUACAGGCAUGUGUCUUGGGCGCACGGUGGUCGAAAUUCGUCAUAGAAAACCACAACGUUUCCGUAUCCAAGACCACGUACUGGACGGAUUCAAGAACAGCGCUAGCCUGGAUUAAAGCUGAUCCGCGUAACUAUCGACAGUUCGUCUCCUAUCGGGUAGGCGAGAUCCUGGAACAUUCAACGGCAGCUCAGUGGCGGUGGGUACCGUCAAAAUCCAAUCCAGCGGAUGAAGCGACGAAAUGGGGAAGUGGCCCGUACUUCGAUCACGACAGCAGUUGGUUUCAAGGACCCAACUUUCUACGAUUGCCGGAAAAAGAGUGGCCCCGUAUUAAGGAACCAGUGACCGCUACUAACGAAGAACUGCGUGCAUCGAUUCUGCACCACCGAUCGUUUGAACCCGCAAUAGACUUCAAUCGGUUCUCAUCCUGGGAUAGGCUGCAACGUGCAACCGCAUACGCUCUUCGAUUCCUGCACAACACGUCCAAGAAGCGGCCGGAAUACUCCGGGCCGUUGCAACAGUCGGAACUUCGAGCGGCUGAAGAAACAAUCCUUAAGUUGGUACAGCAUGAAUCCUACCCAGAUGAAGUUGCCGCACUGUCGAAUAAAGCGCCGAACGAAGCGGGACAGGAGGUUAUCGGGAAGCAAAGCUCCAUCUAUCAACUGAUGCCAAUGCUGGAUGGUAACGGAUUGCUACGCGAGCGCGGUCGGAUCGAGAUAGCUGAACAUGUUCCCUAUGGCGUGCGACUGGGAGCUGAUUCAACGCCAACUGGAGGCAUUCUGGAAGCGCUGGUUGAUAGAGUACCUGCCGGUGAUCCGUCGACAAACAAAAUGGUUUGA